CUUAUACACAAAAACACAUACUAAUGGAAAUUGAUAUGCCAGCUAGUACAGUAUACUCUUAUGACACAAACCUGGUGAAUUUAUGCCAACGCUUCUAUUCAUCUAGUUGAUAGCUCAGUUCCUUCGGGAAAAGCCUAUGUUAUUGGUAUGGGUGAGGCGUAUGGUGAAUUAGGCCUCGGUGAUGAUGCGACAAGUGUAACUCGCUUAACAUUGAUUGAAGCUCUCAAAGAUGAAGACAUUGUCGAUGUACAGUCAAGCUACAUGCAUUCACUAGCACUCACCAAAAAUGGUAAGAUUUGGAGCUGGGGAGGUAAUGAAUUUGGUGCUUUAGGAAGAGAGGGUAGUGAGUCUAUACCUCAGCCUAUCAACCAUGUAUCCAUUAAAUAUACAAAAUUCUCAAAGAUCGCUUGUGGUUAUACUUACUCUAUGGCUAUCUCUUCCAAGGGACAACUCUUCACCUGGGGUACAUUUAUGUCAAGCCAAGGAACAUUCGGCUAUAUUCCUGGUACAGACAUUCAGCGUUAUCCUCGCAUUGUGGGAGCUUUAGCCCAUGAAGUCUGCGUGGAGAUUGCAGUUGGGAAGCAUCAUUGUAUCUGCUUAACAAGUGACGGUAGCGUGUAUUCGUGGGGAUGCGGGGAGUACUGGCAGCUCGGUCGUAAAGUGUCUGAAAAACAUAUGCUGACAGAAAGUUUGACUCCACAAAGGUUAAACUUGAAGGACAUUAUCAGUAUCACAUGUGGUGCCUUUCAUUCUCUAGCCCUAGAUCAUCAGGGCCAACUCUAUACAUGGGGUCAAAACAAUUAUGGACAAUGUGGUGUUGCUCGAAGAAUAGCGAAGGAUAAGGUUAUAGAUGCCCCCAGUCUCAUACUGAAGCCUACUCUUGUCCCUUAUUUUGAUGAAAUCAAUAAAGAGCAACAGCAGCACUAUUAUCAGAGCAAGAAUCUACCAGAGUUAUAUGGAAGUCAUCACCAUACAAGCGUCUCUAGUCGCGAAAUCAAGAAAGAAUCAGAGAAUGAGGAAGAUGAUAAUGCGAGAGUGGUAAUCGACAACUCUAGAACGAAUAAUGUAGGUACUUCUUCUCGUGGAACAAAACGAGGCAAGGAACAACCACGUAAAGAAAGCAACCAAGCGCAUUCAAAUUCUAGAAAGAAGAACAAUGAAGAACAAAGUAACUCACUACAGCACAAGAACGUUUUUGAACCUUACGACAUCAAACACAUCGUAUCACUCGCUGCUGGUGAUCAUAGUUCUACAGUUCUGAUGAGCGAUAAUACGUUUGUAGUCUUUGGUAGAUGUGAAGAAGGACAAUUGGGUAUCCCUUUGUAUCCAGGCUUUAUUUAUCCAGGUAGUAAAGUCAACAUAACUAGCAAUCGGGUCUAUGCUAUAGGCUACCCUAUCGCAAGCCUGUGGGUACCCACAGAAAAAAUCAUAAAUCUCACCUGCGGCUGCAACAGUUCACUAGUGAUGACUGAGUCUGGCAAGUUAUUCUUUUGGGGGGUCCCUUUUUUUACACAAACGUCGGAAAACGGCCAUGAAAUAAUUUCUAGCCAGCGCUUGCCUGCUUUACUCAAAGAUGUGGUAGAAGAAAACAUGAGUAUCAUUUCCAUGUCUAUAGGCGAUAAUUAUGGUAUCUUUGUAAUUGAAUAAGCGCCACUGCGGUCAUCUUUUUGCAAUAAAGUGCGCUUUUUUAUAUCACACUUGUA